UGGGGGGGACGCAGCGGCUCAGCCCAGGUCUCCGGUGGUUUAGAUUCUUGCUGAAUGUUUCCCGGUGCAAAAACAGGUCUUCAUGUCUCUGUGAUGGGCAAACAACUCAUGCUCCUGCGGCUGUGCCUGAUGCUUAGUAGCUAUUGAACGGGAUUUUCCAUCGGACAAAUUCAUAGUCCCUUUGGAAGGUCUGGCAGACCUAGUCUCUCUCCACUUGACCCAGCUUGGCUCAUGAACAGCUGAAGCAAUCAGCAGAGAAAAGGGAGGACCGGGAAGUCAGGUCCUGCCACACGGAGCUGCAUCCUCGAUGAGCACCCGGGCUUUGCUCCGUUUCCCUGCAUCACUGAUCAGGAUAUGCUCGGGGACCUGGGGACUCCUUCAGGAGAAGCCAGUGCUGCGCUUCCCAGGAAUGGCUGCCACUUCGGUGCAGGUGGCAGGCAAGAAGGACUGUCCUGCUCUGCUUCCCCUGAAUGAGAGUGAGCUUGAAGAACAGUUUGUGAAAGGCCAUGGUCCAGGGGGCCAGGCCACCAACAAAACCAGCAACUGUGUAGUGCUCAAACACGUGCCCUCCGGCAUUGUGGUCAAGUGCCACCAAACACGAUCUGUGGACCAGAACAGAAAGAUCGCUCGGAAAAUCCUCCAGGAGAAAGUGGAUGUUUUCUACAAUGGCGAAAACAGCCCUGUUCACAAAGAGAAGCUUGAGGCUGAGAGAAGAAAGCGAGAGAGGAAGAAAAGAGCAAAGGAGACGCUGGAGAAGAAGAGGUUGUUGAAAGAAUUAUGGGAAGCCAGUCAGAACACGACCAGCAAAAGGACCGAUGCUGCUGGUGUGCCAGGGGGCUUCCGGGAGUAACGGUGGUAACGCCCGGCACAUGGUGGACGUGGUGGUGUGUACUUGCAGUCUCAGCUCUUGGGGGAGCUAAGGCUAAGGCCUGGCAGAAGCCCUUGUCCCACAAGCCUAAGUUUGAUCCUCAAAAUCCGCGUGAGUGGAGGGUCAGAACUGACUCCACAAAGUUGUCCUCUGACCUCCUCACACACACUGUGACAUGUAUGCCCACACUCAUCACACACAAAAAUAAACGGUUACGAUCAAAACAAUCUGAAAAGGCACUGAUAGUAAUUAAGCUCACUUUUAUGACAAGUUGAGUCAAAUAGCAUUUUGUGGUAUCCUGUCAACUCCGGGGCCACUGCUAGCUGUCUUAAGGUAUCAUUUAUCCUUAGAUUUUGGUAAAAAGAAAAUGACAGUGAACUAAGUUACCUGCUGUGCUGACUUGUUUUAACAGUCAGCUUCACAGACAACCUAGCAUCACCAGGGAACAGUCUUAGUGAGAAAUUAUGAUGUCGUCUGUGGGGACUGACUUUAUUAUUAACUGAAGUUGGAAAAUGCAGCCCAUUGUGGGCAACAUCAUCCCCUACACAGGAAUCCAGAACAAUAUAAGAAAGCUAACUAAGAAAGAGCAAACAAUGCUUUUCUUCUCGACUGAGUGUGACAUAAUACUGCUUGAGUUCCUGCCUUGACCUCAUCCAAAAUGAUGGACUGUAACUUGAAAUAGCAAGCUAAAUAAAUUCCUCUCUUUCAUAA